AGGAGCGGCGGGUAAUCAUGGCUGCUCUCAGGCGUCCGCUGUCGUUGUGGAGGUUCCAAUUGGGCUGUCGGCGAGCACAGAGGGUCUGUACUCGGGCCGCAGCCCAGCGCCACCCCGAUGCUCUGCUCGCGACGCGGCCCCAGCCCUUCGAGGUGGGGCAGCCCUGCCGCCCGUUCAGCUCCGAGGCCGAAUCUGGUAGCUCAGAAGUCAAGAAACCUACAUUUAUGGAUGAGGAAGUCCAGAGUAUCCUCACCAAGAUGACAGGCCUGGACUUGAAGAAGACUUUCAAGCCUGCUAUCCAACCACUGAAGCCACCAACCUAUAAGUUAAUGACCCAGGCACAGUUGGAAGAGGCGACUAGACUGGCAGUUGAAGCAGCUAAAGUACGAUUAAAGAUGCCACCAGUUCUGGAAGAACGAACGCCAAUAAAUGAUGUAUUAGCUGAGGACAAGAUUUUGGAAGGAACAGAAACAAACAAAUAUGUGUUUACUGAUAUAUCAUAUGACAUACCACAUCGGGAACGUUUUAUUGUUGUUAGAGAACCAAGUGGCACACUACGCAAAGCUUCUUGGGAAGAACGGGACCGGGUGAUACAAAUUUAUUUCCCAAAAGAAGGUCGUAGAGUUUUGCCACCAGUAAUUUUCAAAGAUGAAAACCUUAAGACCAUGUACAGCCAGGAUCGGCAUGCUGAUGUCCUCAAUCUCUGUGUUGCCCAGUUUGAGCCAGAUUCCACUGAGUAUAUCAAGGUUCAUCAUCAGACCUAUGAAGACAUAGACAGGCAUGGGAAGUAUGAGCUUUUACGGUCAACCAGACACUUUGGAGGAAUGGCUUGGUAUUUUGUAAAUACAAAAAAGAUUGACGGUUUGCUCAUCGAUCAGAUCCAGAGAGACCUGAUUGAUGAUGCCACCAGCCUGGUUCAGCUGUAUCACAUGCUCCAUCCAGAUGGCCAGUCGGCUCAAGAGGCCAAAGAGCAGGCUGCUAAGGGAGUAAAUUUAAUUAAGGUCUUCGCAAAAACAGAAGCACAGAGAGGACCAUAUAUAGAAUUAGCACUCCAAACAUAUCAAGAAAUAGUCAUCAGUCAUUCUGCAGCAUCCUGAGAACAAUUAAAAAUAUGUCAUUUGUUUUCUGCUUUUUAAAUUCGCAAAAAUGUGUUACCUUACUCAAUUUCUAUGCACAUGGAGAUGACUGAAAUUUAUAUUUGAGUGCCUGGUUAUGAAUUCCUCUAUUUACAUUAGUGCAGGUAAAACAAACAAAAAACACCUCCAGGAUAUAAAGAGGGCAACAGCUAUGUUGACAGCCCAGCUGGACUGGUCAGGAGGUAUGCCCACAAGCCAAACUGUAGAGAAAGGUCAGAAUGAGGGUUGGAAAAAUGCCCUUAGCUAUUCAAAGAAAGGAGGAUGAAGCUGAUUCCCAGUGAGAUAUUUGGCUUAGCCAUCUAAAACUCGGUGUCCAUUUUCAUCAAAGAUUUUAUGAGGUGGUCUAAUGACAAUAUGAAAAAAAUCAAAAGUGCAUGUCUUUCAGUUAACAAGGAGAACAUAGUAACUUAAAUGCUGCCCAUCAACUCCUCUGAAGAUGAGGAAAUGGCUGUGUUCUCCCUUGUUUACAUAUGCAAAUCAAGGAGUUUCCAUAGUUCCUGGUCAGGGUGGUGAUCAAUUUGUCUUCAUCUGUUAUUUAGUAAAUGGCAAACUGUUCAGUCAUCCAGAAUAUCUUCAUCCAGAUUGAUGUCUGCUGCGUCAAUGUCGUCUAAUUCCAAAUUAUCCAAAUCAACUUCUAGUUCCAGUAAGCUCUGCAUGGAAAGGGAGAGGGCGGUGUUACACAGUUCUGCGUUAAAUUACCUGUUCAGAGUCCAAAGCCAGAACCAACUUUCCUUAAUACUGACAUGAACAUCAUCCUACUUGAAGCCUCUUCUCUGGAAGACAAUACCAAAGCCAUCUAAACCUCAAAAGCCUGCCCUCCUGACUGGGGGUGGAGGAUAUGUGACCCACCUUUUCUUCUUUCUGGGAGGUUUGGGAGGCCAUGAUAACUGGGCUAGAAGCAGGUUUCCCAUCAGGUUCCUGGAAAUUCAGUAAGAGGUAAAAAUGAAGCCAAAGGAAUUGCCCAGAGAUUUACAUAUUCCCCCAUGCAAAGGAAGGGACAGGGAGUGUUUUAAAUCAACAAUGUCAAUCAUGCUGUCACAUGCAGUUCUUCACGAACCUGCUGAGCUGUGGCCCUUGAGGGCUGAAAGCCUUUUGCCUCUUCCAUGACAUUUCUCUCUUCAUUUGGCUGUCAGAAUAAAACAAUAAUAAAAUGAAAUAAUCUAGACACUUGGCCCAAUCCCAGACAUUAGCUCUUAAUAACAUUUUAAAGUUAGACUUGUGGAUGUGUUUCCUCCUUGCAGUCACUCUAAACGAAGCCUGGCAGUCUGCCACUCACCGUGACAAGAGGGUACUGCUUGGCUGGCCACAAAUCCACAUGUGUCUCUUUGACCCACUCCUCCACAACAAAGGCUUCUUUUAAUCCAGGGAAAAGGUUUUCAUACUCGGUGGGGUCCGCAAGGGAUUCUGCUGCUUUCUGGUUGACUUUUGAGAGAUUCUCCCUCCACAGCUUCACUACCCUAAUGUGAGAGACGUCAGAGAACCAAACAGAUGGAGCAACCAGGCCCUGGUUUUAGUUGAAACAUUUCUCCCUAAACUAAGUCCAUACCUUGAGACUUGGCUGGGUAAGUAAGUGCGGGCCAGGAAGGCAGCUUCUGGGAGUCUUCCUGUUCUGAUUAAGAGCUCUAGGCAAGCAUCAAGCCUAUAGAGGAAAGCAGAGAAAUUGUUAAGUAAGAGCACAUAGAGCCUAAAGUGUGGGCUUGUUACAGAGGCAAAAUCCUCCAAUGCCCCCAACCCACACCUUACACAUUCACUCUGUUGCUAGCCUUAUAAUUGUCUUAAAGUUGAAUAAAACCAUGGAUUUCAGAAGUGUGAGGCAUAAGACAGCACUCAUUAUAGCUCUUAGCUUAUUUAGUCUGAAUAACUUUAAGAAUAUAAUGGGACUUUAUGGAGAGUUAUGGCAAGCUUGUUAUGCAUUCUGAGUUUUUUGACAUGCCUGGAAGUGUAGCUCAAUAAUGGAGUUCAGUUCCUUAGCACAAACCUCAAAAAUUAAUGUUUGAUGAUUAAUUGAGUCUAGGAUUUUAAAGAACUGGUAUGUAGAGUAAGGCUAAUAAAUACUUGUUUAUUUCCAAAAUGCAGACUAAUAUCCACAUGACUUGGCUUGCAUUAACUCUGCUAGACUUAAAAAUUUGUGACACUUUUAAAGUUGAGCUCAAACAGUAAACAGCAUUUUUAUCCACCAUUCUUGCAUAAAACAGAUCAAAAACACCCCGGUGUAGACAGUCCUCUGCCAUUAGUCCUUUGGAAGAGAACAGCCUCCUCUUCCUAUCCUUCAGUAAAAUGGUCUUGGAGCAAGUAACUGGUAGGCUCUUUGACCUGAACAGCUCAUGCAUAAGAUACAGAUCAGAAGUCACUAUAAAUGCCACUACGGUAGGUAGCACUAUUCUCUGGCUGUCCCCACUAUUUAACAUCAGCCAUCCCUCAGCUCUUUCCCAGGACUUGUGUUCCAUAUUCCUCUCAAACACCAUCUUCACAGUCAGUAUAGAAAUAACUGCUCACAGCUCCUUAAAGUCUUUUGAACCUUGAGAUAAUACUUACUUGCCCUGUAAAAAGUAGCUCAUGAAUGCCACAUUAUUUUUGCCAUCUCUCUCUGCGCCUUCUGCUAACUUGUUCACCAUAUUAGCGUUUCCAGAAGCAGUGGCCAAGAGCAGCAGACCCCCAUAAUCCUGAGCAUGGUGCAAACACUCCUGGGCUAGACUGAACUGACAUUUACUAAUGGCGAGUUCGGCAAGUUGUUUCCACUUCUGCUCCGACUAUAAGAGUUUAAGACAAGACAUCUUUGGAAAUAAACAUUUAAACUUCCAAUAUCAGAUAAACAGACACACACAUGUAAUUUUUGAGUUACAUUUGGUAAACGGGCUCUGUCAGUCAAAGAAAGGCAUGAUAAAAAUGUGUAAUGAAAUGAAAAAUCCUAUGAACAAAAUUAAUUCAAAUGGUACAUGGAUAAUUAACUCAUUUCUAUUUUUAAUUACCUAGUGAAACUGAAUCUAAAACCAUGUAAAUGGAAUUUAAACAUCAUUAGACUGCAAUUAUUUUAACAAGUAAACCAGUAACACUUUUUUAGAAAGAAUAAAAAAUUAUGUCCUUAAAUAUUGAGUAAUGAAUAUGGUCAUUUGUAGCUUCCCAGAAAUCAAAUAAAAUGCACAUUUAAAUGA